AUGGCGCGCAAUCAGGAAAAGGCGCAGUCGAUGCUCUACCGCUUCCGCGAGGCGCAGGCGGCAGAGCUCGGCCUCUCGUCCAACAAGCAGCAGCGCAGACCCCGCCUCGCGUCCAGCGUGUCCUCUCUGCGCGAAUGCGAAAAGUGGAGAGGUGACAUCCUGCGCGAGAUCUCGAGAAAGGUCAGCAAGAUCCAGGACUUCGGAUUGACCGACUUCGAGGUGCGCGACCUCAACGACGAGAUCAACAAGCUGCUGCGCGAGAAGAACCACUGGGAGAACCAGAUCAUCGCCCUCGGCGGCGCAAACUACAAGCGGGGCGUGCCAAAGAUGCUCGACGACGGCGGGCGCGAGGUGCCGGGCACCCGCGGCUACAAGUACUUUGGCCGCGCAAAGGACCUGCCGGGCGUCAAGGAGCUGUUUGAGCGCACGCCGCAGCAAGAGGCCGAGGCCGAGUCGUUCCGCUCGCGAAAGUACCAGCGCUUCAACCACCUCCCGCCAGAGUACUACGGCGACCUCGACGAGGACGACGGCGUCGUGCUCGAAUUUGAGCAGGCCGAGGAGGAAAAGGAGUGGAAGGAAGGGUACGCCAGGGUGCUCGAGAGCCUUGGUAUGGACACGGACGAUGCCGAGAUCCCGGGCAUCCCCCGACCGACGCCCAAGAGUCUGAAGGAGAUCCGCGAGCGGCACGGUGCGAUGCCCUCCUCGUCAUCAUCGUCAUCGGCGGCGGCGUCAGCAGCAGCAGCAGCAGCAGCAGCAGCGACGGCAACAGAGACGCAACCUGCCAAGCGCGGCACGUCAUUCAGCGCCACUUCGGGCGGGAAACGGCAAAAGGCUACCGACGGGUCGGCCGUGGCCGUCGACGCUGCCAACGGCGACGAGGGCGAGGAUACCGAGAUGACCGACGCCGCACAGCCGGACGAUGCCGGGGCGGCGGCGGCAGCGGCGGCGGCCGAGGAGGCGACGCGGCAGAGCGAAAACUUCAAGACGCUCUACUAUUCUGUCCUCGACGCGCAGGAGCUCGAGAUGCCCCGCGUGCCCGACCGCGCCGCGACGGAAAAGAUGAUUCUGGCCGCCAAGAAAAAGGCGCUCAGAGACGAAUAUAUCGGAACAAAGUGA